AUUCAAACCUGCAACCUUUGGGUCCAAAGACAACAGCUCUAAGCACUACACUACCAGCUGCCUAAUGCUAUAGUAUUAGACCCCAUUAUCAAUGAUCACAAUUAAGUUUAGGAUUUGCUUUAGUGCAUUUUGGUGAUCAUUGCUCUAUUUUCAAAACAAAGGAGAAGCUGAAAGAAAGAAAAGGAAAAAGCAGACAAGGAAAGGCAAAUACAUUCUCAACAUUCACACUGAUAUGUACAUCAUUUAUGGUUUACCUGCACGGAGGAGCAGAGUGAUUCCAUUUUAAAGUCUUACUGCAUGUAUUUGGACACAACAGUGUCAUAAAACUACUGGAAUGUUUUGAAAGUGAAUAUGUUAAAAUGUGGAAAUUGUCUGCAUAGUAAUGAAUGCAUUGUUUUAAUGAUUUCUGUUUUGAUGGCUCCUCACACUGAAUAGCCUACCCUCCUGCGAUGCCGAUACCACGUUUUCCUUGCAUUGUACCACAAAUCCCAGCAGAACUUACAUGAACAAUUUUAAACAUAGAUUUUAAAAUAUGUAUAACCAAAAACAAAGCAGUUCAAAGAAAAACACAGAAAACUCCGAAACAAGAACAAAUUUCCGGGAAUGAAACGUAUAAAGCUGCAGUACCCCUCUCUGUUUUGUAUACUGAGAAUCGUAAAAUGGUGCGCACUGUCCUGCCUGGACAAAUGCAAAGGUUUCGAGGGGCCUGGAAGAUUAAAACACAAUCCCCAGCUAUUCCAGCAAUUUUCGAAGCAAUAUAAGACUAUUUUGGAUGAAAAAGGCAAGAAAGAAACACAUGAGCUGGUUUCAUGAGGAAAAUGGUUGCCUCCAAACGUCACCACGCAGCACAUGUCUCCUCUGCUCUGCACUGCUGAACAAACAAACUCUUAAGAGGCAGAAUGCUCUGAUGGGGGCGGUUGUGGGCGAUUUGUUAAAAUUAAAGGAAAUUAUUGAAAUUAAAUACAAGUUAGGAGCUCAAGUGCUUUAAUAUUUCGUGAAGAGGAAUCCAGGGUAAUGCUUACAGCAGUGAGCUACUUCUUUCUAAAAUGGAGUUACCCACCUGCCAGGGAAGAAGUCUGCAGGUUGAGAAAGUUCCCCUACAUUAGCAUCGAAGUUCGAAAGCGCUGUGGGGAUCGUGUCCGAUUCCAUGAUCAUCGUUUUCUGGAUGGAAAAACAGGCCGAUUGCCCUCACUUCUACUCUAAGUCAAACCGGAAGGGGGAGGUAGUCACAUAUUGGAAGGGGAGGUGGUGGUGGCUACCAUAAACACAUCAGGACCAGCGAUGAAAAACAAAGGCCCCAAUCACCCAAUCGAAAUUUCGGGAAAUUCGGGAGGUCGCGUGAGGCUAAACUUAUCUUGCUGUGACGACAGGAUGCCCCAAGCCUGCCCAAGAAAGAUCGAGGUUAGCACAGCAUCUGCCAUUUGGUGACACCGGGAGCAAAGACUGCUGAAGGAAGGAGGACCAGGAAGCAAGAAUGAGCAAACCUCAUCGAAUAAACCACAUAUAUUUACUUGACAAGUUCACCAGAUUCUCAGAUGCCCCGAAAUCAAAACGGCGCAGGAGAACAACACGGGUGAGGCAGCAACGCUAAAGCGGUCAUCUCUCCCCUUUCUGUUUCUGUUCAGCGACUCAUGAAUUCGCGCUGCAGCCGCUUUCAGUUCCGAAAUGUCACGCAACUGGAUCUUCUGCUCAGUUUCCCCUCUCUGCUCAGGCCCUGCCCGCACACGCCGGGAGUCCCGCGCAGUUAUUCCGUCUCUCGGCUUCUUCGGAGAGCAUCACGGCGUGCUGGCAGCCUUUUUCGUUAUUGCUGAGUCGAUCUCUCUCUCUCUCUCUCUCUCUCUCUCUCAACGUCUCUCUUCCUCUUCGUACCGGCUCCUGCAGCUCUGACGCCACUGCCACGCCCCCCUCUCUGCCUGUCACAUCGUCAGAGGCCUCGCACAUCCCUCUCCUUUAUCUCCGCACUCCCCCCUCUCCGGAUCCACGCCGCCUGCUCCGUCUCCUUUUCUCAUCACACCCUUCGCUUGCUCAUCUCACUUUAACACUCUUGUUUACUUUUUCCACCUUGGCACACCCGCGUCCAAGCUGUCUGAAAGCACACACACACACACACACACACACAUACACACACACGCGCGCACAUGCACACACAAAACCACGCACACCUACACGCUCUGUGUCAUCAGCACAAACCCAUCCCUCCCGGAAAUGACCCAAUGCAGCUGAAACAAUGGAGCGGCUCUUUUUUCAUACACAUUCUUAGGUAUUAUAAAUAGAAAAAGGGUCAGGACCUGGCCUGUUUUCUCUCUGCCCUUAUGUGUCACACUCACUUGUUACUAUCCUGUCUAUCCCAUCGAUUUGUGCUUCAUCCAGCCCAUUCAUUUAGCUCUUUACAUUUAUUUUUUUAGCUCAUGCAUUUCUCUGAAGAACCUUACAAUGUUAAGCUGUUUACACUGAUUUAUCCACAGCAGCAGGUAUUAUGGCGUGGAAUCGAACCUGUGACAUCCAAGCGCGCGGCAGCAGGGCCUCGAAUCACUGCUCUACCGGCUGCCCCAAAAUCCGGUCAAGUCACUGUGACUGUUGGGCGUUCAGUAGCGCCUCCUCAUUCUCAGCUGACUAACUGCGUCAAACUGCGUCCUUCCAUUGGCUGUCGGGAGCUGUCCGUCAGCGUCGCGUUUACCGCGGACCGUUACCUCACACAUGUCACGUGUAACCAGCAUGACAUCGUAGCAGCGUGGUCGCGCCACGAAGGGCUCGCAUUUGUUUGUGCAACGGGACCAAUGGGCGUGCGAUGUUUUUCAACUGCGCCACGGCGACGCGUGGACGUGUGAUGAGUUCAGAACCCACGUGUGUGAAAAACGGAGCCAGGAAGUGUUUCGCAGACAUUUCUUGGAAAUGUCAAUCUUCUCCGUUUAUUUGGAAACACUCAGAGUGUGCAAGCUGUCCGCUAUAAUAAGAAAAAGAAAAAGAAAAAGAAAAAAAAGCUGUCCACUGUCUGGACCCAAAGGACUUGGGUUAAUUUGUAACUCUGUGUGACCCGGGGGGGGUAACAAAGGGCUCGCUCAAUUUGCACGGCGUGUCGCCGAGAUGAGGGCCGAGAGCAGCAGCGAGCGACGGUGGAAGUGAGUCAGUGUGACGGACGCCACGCCGAGUGAAGCCGAGCGCCAGCGGAGGAAACGGCCUGCAGCCAAUCGGGGACCUGUUGCUGAGGAGCUGCUUUCGCAUUAAAACGUCAUCCUGUGGCCGUGCGCCCCCACGCAUUUUUUUGAAAGCCGCGUCUUUUUAAAUUGAAUUACUCAACAGUUCCUGUUAGGCAGUAACGACAGCAGCGUUCGGACCGCGCGCUCUGUUCUGCGCCCUCGCUUCGCCAUGGCGUUCACAUCGGAGCUCACUGCACGCAGCUGCACCGGGAUGCUGUGUGUUCAAAGCCCAGCCUGUAAACUGUUCUACUCCGAAGAAAAUUUCGUUUUGCGUCAUCAAAUCAAUUUUGCGCUACUUUGGUCCUCUUAAAAAGAGGCAGUUCCUUUGCUUGCCAGAUUAUGUCCUCAAUUUCGGUGAGGGCUCAUUCCCGAAAAAUCACUGUGCUGUGACCCGGAGGGGGGGGGGGGGGGGUUGGGGAGGGGUGCCCCCACCCCACCCCACCCCGCCGGCUCAUGUUCUGAAGGAACGUCUGGGAUGGAAGUGACCCUCACAGCCGGCACUGCGUGUUUCCCACCAGAAGGGGACAUCUUUCCGCAGCUUUCCAGAAGGGGCACAAAUCGCCGCUGUGUCCAAGUGCAGGGCAUAAACAGGCUGUGUGUGCUUUGCUCACGUCUCACUCCGGUCCUCCAUGAGGAUCUGCUGCUCCCUCUGCAGCGCGCUGCUCUGCCCUCCUCUGCCUCAAGUUCAGGUGUGACGGUGCGGACUUGAAGGUGCGAAGGUGCUUCUCCACGGCUGCGGACGCCUUCCAGCGCGACGGGACAAGGCUGCAGCCCCGCGUCGGGCUCUCGGAGACAUGCCGGCUGGGUUUCAGCAGCUCGGAGGGGAGACUGUCACUGGAACCCUUGCCCUCUCAGUGUUCACUGCGGUUCUGGGAUCCCUCCAGUUUGGGUACAAUAUUGGAGUCAUCAACGCUCCACAGAAGAUUAUCGAGCGGGACUACAACGCCACAUGGCUCCACAGGUAUGACGCACCCAUUCCCCAGAGCACCCUCACCUCCUUGUGGUCCCUUUCAGUGGCUAUCUUCUCCGUGGGGGGCAUGCUGUCCUCCUUCACUGUGGGAUUCCUCUCCGAAUGGCUGGGCAGGAGGAAAGCCAUGCUCGUCAACAACCUGUUGGCGUUCAUCGGCGGAGGCAUGAUGGGCAUGUCCAAGAUCAGCCGCUCCUUCGAGAUGAUGAUACUGGGCCGCUUCAUCAUCGGCGCAUACUGCGGGUUGGCGUCUGGCCUGGUCCCCAUGUAUGUGGGCGAGAUCUCCCCCACCAGCCUGCGAGGGGCCCUGGGCACCCUGCACCAGCUGGCCAUCGUCACCGGGAUUCUCGUGGCUCAGAUCCUGGGCUUGGACUCCCUCCUUGGCAGCCAGGAGCUGUGGCCGGUCCUCCUGGGGGUCACAGUGUUGCCCACCGUCCUGCAGAUGGCCCUGCUGCCCUUCUGCCCGGAGAGCCCCCGCUACCUGUACAUCAUCCGCUGCCAGGAGCACCAUGCCAAAAGCGGUCUGCGGCGACUCACAGGCCGACAGGAGGUGGGGGACACGCUGGCUGAGAUGAAGGAGGAGAAGAGGAGGAUGGACAUGGAGAGGAAGGUUUCCAUCGCCGAGCUCUUCCGCUCCCCACUCUACCGGCAGCCCAUCAUCAUCGCCAUCCUGCUCCAGCUGUCGCAGCAGCUCUCUGGGAUCAACGCCAUAUUCUACUAUUCCACCAGCAUCUUCCAGAAGGCUGGAGUGCAGAGUCCUGUCUACGCCACCAUUGGAGCUGGAUUUGUCAACUGUGCCUUCACCGUGCUCUCGCUCUUCCUAGUGGAGAGGACGGGUCGGCGGACACUCCACAUGCUGGGACUGGCUGGCAUGUGUGUCUCUGCUGUAGUCAUGACCGUGGCUCUCUCACUCUUGGAGAACGUGCCCUGGAUGAGCUACAUCAGCAUGGUGGCCAUCUUUGGCUUCGUGGCCUUCUUCGAAGUCGGACCGGGACCCAUUCCCUGGUUCUUCGUGGCUGAGCUCUUCUCCCAAGGCCCGAGACCCGCCGCCAUGGCUGUCGCCGGCUGCUCCAACUGGACCGCCAACUUUAUUGUCGGCAUGGCUUUCCAGUACAUUGCCGAGCUCUGCGGCCCCUAUGUCUUCCUCAUCUUCGCAGCUCUCCUCCUCUUCUUCCUUCUCUUCACCUUCUUCAAAGUGCCCGAGACGCGGGGCAAGACCUUUGACCAGAUCUCAGCAGGCUUCCAGCGCUCCGUGGCCAGGACAGAUAUGGACCUAGACCCUGACCUGGGAAAGGCCAGCACGGAGCUGGAGUACUUGGGCGAGGCCAACCUCAGCUAAGGUCGAGGGGUGAAGAAGGAAAGGCAGCAAAGAGAGGUGCAUCCUGAGACCUCGAGUAUUUGGGGAACUCAACAAGGUAUUGGGGAGGGCUAACUGGAAGGGGGUAGUCUGGAGAAAAGAGGAGCCUGGUGCGGGGUAAGACGGGAACUGAGGUGUCGGCACACUUUGCACGAACUGAGGUGAGAACCAGGGAGAAAGCUGCAUUAUGAAAGCAUGCAACACGUAUUUUUCUACAAAACACUUCGAGAUUCCUGCACUUUAUUCUGUAGGUAGCGCUUGUGGAUGCACAAAACUACUGAAUCUGCUGUAUGUACAUAACAUUCUUUCCGAUGACACUGAAUCUUGCUCUUGAUUCUACCGAAGUGUCCUGAGAAGAAGGCACAUGUCUUGUCUUCAGGCUUCCAGGCCAAACGCAGUGCACGCAGAACACGGAGAAGUAAACGUAGACGGCGUCGUGGCUCAUCAAUGGGAAUUUUCCAGAACGUUACGCAGAAAUGACACUCUACAGCUUUUCCACAUGCCUACUCAUCUCACAGUUACACAUUUCCCUUUGAGCAGAAGUUCGUCAUACUGCCAGUGCAAGGGCCUCUCAGCCAACAUUGACUUUGUUUGCAUUCUGUUUCAUUCACAGCCUUGCCACACAUUUACACUGAGAUGUUUGCCAUCUGUUACUAGUGUUUGUAACGACAUUUUAUUGCGCCUUGUAAAGAAAGCGAAUGUACUAUAAAUUAUGUAAUGAGUCCUGCCUGAGACAACACUGUGUUUAUACGACAAUUAGAGAGCACUGACCCCGCAGCAAUGUUACUACAGCAGUGGUAAAGUCUGCCACCAGGAAACUCCUUCGCUACCCAAGCGAAAGGGACGGAAUACAGUACAGCGGGUUCGACCAGCUUGCUCCCGGGUACCCUCCGCUGCAGGGUAUCUGGGAUUUCGUUCAGUCCGAGUCACUCGUCACUCAGCUUUGGAUGGUCGUUGUCAUUGUGGGUCACUCUAAUGAGGAAAUUAAUUCAACUGUAGUGAAGCAGUGCGGAUAAAAGCAGCGUUACAGUCCUAAUUCCCAUAUUACACUGAAACAAGAUGGGUGUAAAGAGCCCCACGCUGAGAAGCAUGGAGUGACCAUAGUAAAAAGCCACAGAACAUCCAUCAGUUCCCAAGCCUGCUUUUUGCAGACACCAUAUAUGCUGGUGUUGAACUUACUUAGAAAACAAUGACCGUUGAUUGAGCCAUUCAUUGAAUGGCAUUUGGAGUCAUUAAAAAAAACUGCUAGUCUAGGAACAAACACACAGACUACACGCAAAAGUAAAAACAUUUUUGAAAGACAAGUCUUCCAUUGCACAAUACAAUCCAUAGCUGGAAACUCACUUAGGUUAAAAUUCUUGCUCAAAUGGGAAAAAUAAAUGCAUUUUUGA